UGGCAAAGACAUCACUCACCACAGCGUGUAAAACGCUUCUCCCCUGAGCCGGCAGGGUCAAGUAGACUUGAGUAGGAUCGACUGAAAAAACCUUUCCGAUCAAGUGGAUGUCCGUGUUUUGUUGGCGCUGGCACAGAAGGCGAUGUACGAGGCGAUCGCUGAGAAGCUGCUAGAAAGCUCCCACCAUGGAUAAACCUCAAGCACCCUUUGUAAGACUGAAUGAUGAGAAAGUCAUAGUAAAAUCAGACGUUUUGUCUCUGUUGAAAACCUAUAACUGCUACCAUGAAGGAAAGAGUUUUCAGCUUCGCAUCCGGGAGGAAGAGGGCGAGUUGAUCAUGGAGGGUUUACUCAACAUCUCCUGGGGCCUGAAGAGGCCAAUCAGACUGCAAAUGCAGGAUGAUAAUGAACGGUUCCACUUUGCAUGUGCAGAAUCAUGGAGGUUGGAGAACACAAGCUCUAGCAGGAAUGAAAACAGCCAAGAAAGUCCAAGUCAGUUCUCAGUUGAGUCCAACAACAACAAUGUUGCAGUACCAGCAUUAACCAGUGUAGAUAGCCUUGGCCCCGAGGAGGAAGCCCCUCAACUCCUAAGAACAAGAAGUGAUGCCAGCUUCAUGAACAUUCAGAGGAGAUCCAAAAUGCGCAGCACAGGAGAUUUACAGCGGGUUAGAAGACAUCGCUUCUCCAUAAAUGGUCAUUUUUACAACCACAAGACAUCAGUCUUUACCCCAGCAUAUGGAUCAGUGACUAAUGUUCGCGUGAACAGCAAAAUGACAACACAGCAAGUACUCAGUCUGUUACUUCAUAAAUUUCGGGUUGAGAAUAACACUGAUGAAUUCGCCCUCUAUGCCGUCCAUGAGUCAGGAGAGAGGACAAAGCUUAAAGACACUGAAUAUCCGUUGGUAUUGCGUGUGCUGCAUGGCCCAUGUGAAAAAAUUGCUAAGAUUUUCAUUAUGGAAGGUGAUCUAGGAGAAGAGGUUACAUAUGAUGUUGCACAGUACAUCAAGUUUGAAAUGCCUGUUUUGGAUAGCUUUGUCAAAAAGUUGAGGGAAGAAGAAGAGAGGGAAAUUUUAAAACUGACAAGAAAAUACAGUGCACUGAGGUCAAUGAUACUGGAGCAGCUGGGGGAGCUUUCUGAGAGUGCAGACAGUGUGUGAGAAGAUCAAAAGAGAGUUAUUUGACUAAAGAUGCAGUAAUGUUUCUAGUCAUAUAUUUAUAAGAAAUACUCAGGCGUGAUGCACAAUACUGCUGUUAAACUGCUUUAUGAGGCAUUAAGCAUUUUGCAAUUUUUCUCAGUUGAUUUAGCACCUUUCUGCAAACCCAUUCCACUCCAAAACAGUUUAUACAGCAGCGUGAAUUCAGAGUGUGGAAGUUCUGCUGUAUGUCCAAUAAUACAUUUCUUUUGCUCUGAUUAAAAUAUAUGUAUUAAUAAAUCUAAAAUCAAUUCAGCACCAGAACACUGUGUUUCCUAAAAAGAUGUAUAGAAUGUAAAAAAUGAAACUGCAACAACAUGCAAAUUCAAGACAGAAUAAAUUUAGUAAUUGUUUGUAUUAAAAAUUGAAGCCAGUUAAUUUUUAUGAAAUUAAAACCAAAUCGCAUUACAUCAGUUUUCACAUUUUUCACAUAUUUUGAUCAACACAUCAUGCCUAUCAUAAGUAAAGUCAGGGGAAAAAGGGGGUGAGUUAUUUGGAAUAAAUGUAAUACUUAUGGAAUAAAAAAAAACUGCAUAUACUAAAUCAAAUCAGCUAUUACACAAUAUCUCUGCUGAAAUAUUAUCAGUACUAUCAUAGUAUAAAUUGUAGUGUACUAUAAUGCAUAUAAGCUACAUUAACCACAGGUGGUUAGUUAAAUUGACUGAAAGUUUAACAUUCUGAUAACAUUAGCAGCCAAACAGUGAUCCAGAAAAUCAAUGUAACAUAAUAUUGGAUGUAAUGUUUUAUGAGGCAUAAAGUCUGUUGUACUGGCUGUAUAAACUGUUAUGUGUGCCUGCAUGAUUUGUACAAAUGUGCAAAAUCAGCUGAAAAACAACACUGUGAAUGGGACACUUUGUAAUUAACAACAUAUCAUUAUAGUUUUACACUGAAUGUAUUUAGGUGAAAAUGAUGUCAAACAUUAUUGUUGACUUUUUUUAUGUAAAAUAAAUUUUCAUAUAUGGA